GUGUGUGUGUGUGUGUGUGUGUGUGUGUGUGUGUGUGUGUGUGUGUAUGAGAGAGAGAGAGAGUGACAAGGAGAGAAGUUUUUUAUCAGACUGCAGCAUCUUCCCCGGCCUUUCUGAAGCGGAGCGGAGCAGCUUGCAGUGGAGGGAUAUUCGACUGCAGAGAAAAAGAAACACAAAGGAGGGGAUUUACACAGAAACAGCCUGAUGCUGUCAGAGGGCAGACAGACUCCGGUGCCGGCCGUCAUGCACGGUCCCGGCGGAGAGGAGCAGACGGAGCCGUGCCCGCGCAGCGCUCUGCUCGACCAGAGCCGGCGGCACCGGACAGCGUUCACGCGCGAGCAGCUUUCCCGGUUGGAGCAGGAAUACGGCAAGGAGAGCUACGUGUCCAGACCCCGGCGCUGCGAGCUGGCCACGGCGCUCAACCUACCGGAGACAACGAUAAAGGUGUGGUUCCAGAACAGAAGGAUGAAGGACAAACGGCAGAGACACUCCUUGCCAUGGCCUCACCCCCUCGUCGACCCACUGGGGGCGCUGCUGAUGGGCCGCGCCUCUCCUUCCUCCGCCUUGCCGUACCCCUUCAUCCCUCCCCACCUGCCGCACCUCCCCCUCCACCACCACUACCCCUUGGCUCUCUCCUCGCCAUCCUCAGCUCACAGUCGCUACAGCGCGCCCAUGAGGACCCUGGAUGCUCUCCGCCUCUCCCACUACCACAACAGACAUGGGGGGCUGCCUCCAACCACAGCAGCCCUCUACCCCUCCACCAGCAUCAUGCACCAUCCCGCCUCAUGCCCCUGCCCCCUGUGCCUGCACUGGGGACCAGAACAACUGCUCAAAGCCAGAGGGGAGGCACUGGGACUGAGCCAGCCCCGUAGUCCUAAAGCUAGCAUCCAGCCUGCUGGUCUGGAGCGGAGGGAAGAGAUGGUGUAACACCAGACGGACAAUCUUCAAGCCUGUCAAACUGCUGUCAAAUAAGCUGCUGCAAGCAAAUAGCUGUAUACUCCCUGUGAUCUACAUGGUGGUGCUUGCCAAAUCACAAAGGCAAUACGCUAAAGAGUUUCACUAUACUGUAUAACUCUAAUUAACAGACAAGACUUAAAAUCCCCUCAAAACAGGAAGUGAAAACACACAAUACAAAGGGUCUAUCUAAAACAACCAAACCAAUCACAUGACAAACAUUUAUUACAUGACAGUGUUUUGGAAGACAAUUAUUACAAACCUUUUAUGUUGCAUGCCAAACAUUGUGUCUGUGCCAACCUGCCAAAUUCAUUUGGAGCACAGGGCCAGCCUGAAGAUGCAUUCAGAUUUAGCACCAAGCAAACAUUUGUCUUGCUUUAUUUUCAUGACUUUGACCACUAGACUGUUGGUACGGUCUAUGUUUAUUCGCCCCAAACAGCCAAUAUACUGUCUGAAAUGUCAGCAGCUCAGUCUUUUAUGUGCAUUCAUAAAGAGGAGUCAUACAGACUUUGUUACUAGCACAAAGUUUUCACUCAUAGAUGCCACUUCUGUUCAGUUUGUGCCACCUACAGCCAGUUUAUGUCUGUUAGUGUCCGCUCGCAAAAUGCUUUGCAUUCAGUCUGAACACUCCUUAACAAUCCUUAAAGAUCAACUUAAUGCUAAAAUGUUUGUUUUUGCUGAUGUCCAGUGGUUCAACUUCUCACCUUGCUGCAAACUUUCAAACAAAUUUUAAAACCACAGUAGACUUACUGCAGAAAUCGGUAUCAUCAGGGUUUCACACAAAGCCACUAAUUGGUAUUGCAUUUUUCAGUGUAAACUAGUUUUAAAGGUUUUUUUCAUGAUAACUUUUUGGGAAUAAUUUCUCUUUUUCUCUGGGAACUGGAAUUUAUUACCAAAACUAUGACUAUAGCAAAAAAUUCUGAAAAUAGUCAAAUGUUUUGUUCUCUUCUUCAAAUACCACAAAUGUAGCCAUACGGUAGUUUGAUCUCUGUUUUUUGGCACAUCCUCCCACAACUUAUGUUACGUCUAAAUGGAAAAGUUCCAGUAUAUUUGGUAGUCCUCAUUACAUGAAAAAAUCCCUGCUGUAUUAAUCCAGGAAAAGGGAGUAGAUGUUGGCGAUAAAUGCCAGGAUCUCAGCUGAUUUUCAACCAUAGCCACAAGAAGUACGCACAUAUUAGUUUGUGGCAGUGUGUUUGUUUGAUGUGAUUCAGAUUAGGUGAAGAGAGAAGAUGAAGAAAAAAGAAACCCAAUGGGGCAUUUUGAAGUCAGCCUGUGUAAAAGCACAAUUGCACCGAAUGAAGAUUUAAUGUACAUAUUAUGGUUUUGGAGUUGGUUUCCAUUGUUUUCUCUGCUGUAACACUAAUGACUACUGCUUUAAUUUAUUUGUACAACUUUAAAGUUUUAAGUUGCAUUCACUGACACAUUAAAUGGCUAUCAUGGUAA